UUAUCGGACGGGCAGAGUCUUCGCAUCGCAAUAGUGACAUUAGUAAUGGAUCGUUGGACAGGAAAAGUUGCCAUAGUAACCGGUGCCAGCUCGGGCAUCGGUGCUGCCAUUGCCAAGGAUCUGGUCAAAGCCGGGAUGGUUGUAGUUGGAUUGGCUCGUCGCGUGGAACGCGUUGAAGCACUCAAAUCGGACCUUCCGGAUUCGAUUAGGAGUCAAUUGCACGCGGUCAAGUGCGAUAUUUCCAAGGAGGAAGAUAUCCUGCAAACGUUCAAAUGGGUCGAGGAGAAGCUCGGUGGAGUGGACGUGCUGAUUAACAACGCCGGUGUCGCUCGGCAAAUGUAUCUGCUUGAAAAGGGUAAUACCCAAAAGCUGCGAGAAGUGAUGGAUACAAAUGUGAUGGGAUUGGUGAUGUGCAGUCGGGAAGCUUAUCAAUCGAUGAAGAACCGUUCCGUCGAUGGACACAUUGUGCAUAUCAACAGUGUUGCUGGUCAUAAAGUGGUCGAUUUCCCGCAGCUGAAUAUCUAUUCUGCAUCGAAGUAUGCAGUCACGGCUAUUACGGAAACGAUGAAGAACGAGCUGAGGAAUGCGGGAACCAAGAUCAAGGUUACGAGCAUCAGCCCCGGAGGCGUCCGAACAGAAAUCCUACCGGAAGCAUUUAAGACUGGAGAAUUUCCGCUGCUGGAACCGGAAGACAUUUCGAAUGCCGUUCUGUAUGUGCUGGGAACUCCUCCCCGGGUGCAGAUUCACGAAUUGAUGAUCAAACCAGUUGGAGAAAAUUUUUAGAUUUUUUUUGGUAUAAACAGUGUUUGCUUAAUUUAUCAAAUACAUUUACCCAGCAACAGAUGCGUUAAUUAAUUUACCCUAAAACGAUAAUAAUUAAUAGUUUGUAAGCUAGGUCUGGCGAAGACACAUCGUAGUAGCCCGUCGGUUUAAAAUGUUAAACAAAGCAAAUCAGUACAUGAGCAGUGCAUGACGCUCUUGUAACGACAAUACCUAGUAUUCCGUUUUUUAGAUUCUCGUAAGUAGUCGAAAUGCAAAAGCUAUACUGCAAGUGCCCCGGUAAAACGAAGCUAAUUUCGAUGGUCCCCCUUUUUAAUCGGUUGAUAUGGAAGUGAAACAUAACUUUGUACAUCGGUAGUUCCAAUAGAUUUGUCUGAAUGUCAUGAUAUUCAAUCCAAGCUGAUCAAUUCAUUCAGUUCAUAUCGUUUGAAAAACAUGCAAAAGUUGACAAUUAAGAAGAGACGGUUCAAUAGCAAAUCUGUGAUGAUGUAAGAUUUUCCCAGUAUAUAAUUUUGUUUGUUC